AUGAAGGGGGAGGCCGCUCCCAAGGGCCAGCCUCGCGCCCUGGUAGAAGGUUUCGAAAAUUCUCAGUUUGCAGCCGUUGUUGGGUGCUGCUGCUGUAGCUCCACGUUUUCUCUUUUCAUGCUAUUGUUCGCUUACUGCAAAAGCAUUCCGAUCAACAGCCAGGUCACCGUCGACGUGGUGCAUGAGCUCUUGGGUGGACAGUUUCGCCUGCUAGCGAGCGACAUGCCCCAUCAGCAGCAGCCGAGCAUCGUGGAGGCUGCCAUCAAUCAGCUGGAUGGGGACCCCUGGGAGGGCGUUGCGGCAGCCGCGGAUAGCACGCUGACUUGGGGCUCGGCGGACGCCGCAAAGGUGGUUGCAUUGAUGUACAAUGUUACCAAGGUGAACGGCGUUUGGGAGAAUGUGCCCGAAAAGCUUCGCGGCGUCUUCUGGAUGAGGGGCAACGGGGUUCCGGAGGAGGUCGCCGUGCUGCAGUAUGGUUUGUGGUCGGAGACUUCGCUCAUGUACCUUGUCCCGAGCUCUCCGUUUAGCUGGUCUUGGCCAAAGGGCAAGCCCGCCAAGGCACCGUAUGGCGGUAACUUGUAUACCCCAGACUCGACUUAUUUCAGCGCGAUGAAGCUCACCGAAGGCCAGACAGGUGAGGGUGUCCGUCCGCCUCCUACCUUUAGCUAUGGGUGGAGUUCACCGUCGUUGACUAACGCACUCCUGCAAGUGCAUCCUGGUGACAACCUGUUGGACGAACUAAUCAAUUUGAAUGCACUGACUGACGGGAUUGGCCCCUCGUGGGGGACAGGAGAGUUCAGGCUCAUCGAGGACACACCAGAUGGAAUCCAAUGGAACCGCGAUAUUAGGUGGGGAAUCGGCGGUUGUCAGUGCUUGGACUUUGGUGGCUACGAUCUCGUCAAAAUCAUCGACGGUAACGGCGCCACUGUGCAGCCCAACUACGACGAGUUUAUCGAUUACAUGGGCGAUGUUCCCCUUAUUCUCUGGACGGGGCACAAGAGCAGCAGUUCUGGAGCGGAUAACAUUUCCUCCCCCGCGGGGAAACUGUAG